UGAAGCGGAGGAUGAAGACGCCGGAAAGCCGAGCACAAUUCCUUGCUCUGUUUCAGGCGUUGGGGGUGAGGGUGCAGCUCAGCUUUGGGAGCAGGAGCUCGCGACGUGUUUGGAGAGCCGGGUGCUGGCCUUUGUGCCUCAGUUUCCCUUUUGUUCAGCGGGAGAAAGCGCCAUUCCUCUCGCUUGCGGGAGUGUGCCGUGGGGGCCGGGCUCUGCACAGGGGAGGCACCGUCCCACACUGGAUGGUUAUGGCCACCGGUAGAUGAAUGACCAGCACAAGGCUGGCUGAAACGGCUGCGCUUUACCCUGUGGAUUGCCUCCCAUCUUUGAGUGGCAAGUGAGAUGAAUUUAGCAGCUGUGUUUCCUUCUGGGCCACGACAUUUUUUUCUCGUCGAGGACUGCUUUGGGCCAAGUGCACGGGCUGCGCUCCCUGGGAGAAAGCAUCCCAGCACACAGUUUGAUUGAGGACCGGCGGCCGCAGCUCAUCCUCUGGCAGGCGCAGAAGAUGCAGGAGUCUGCAUAGCAGACGCUGCGGUGUGCCCCGGCACUCCCCAAACAAGGUUUUGGGAGAAUCGGGGGCCGGCAGACUGCCUUGGCAGUGGUGGGGACAGCGGUUCGAUCCCGCGUGCUUCCUCCCGUCCGCCAGCGCGCAGCAGACGUGGAGAAGGACGCAGCCACCCUGUCUCCUUGUCAGUGUGGAGUUUGGAGCCAAAUAAACAGCCCGGCACACCCCCACCCCGAUCGCCUUACAGAGCCCGGUGCCGGAGCCCAGCGCUGAAUUUAGAGCCCUUAUCUAUUGUCAGCCUCUGCGGUCGCUGCUGCUCUGCCGAGGGGGGUUGUUUGCCCCAGAUCCCCUUUUUGCUCCUGACACAGAUCUUCAAUGUUGGAAGUGCCAGGGGCUGGUUGGAGCUGCGAUGGUUGAGUCUGAGCAUUGGGAUGGAGGCAGGAACCUGGUCUUGCCUGUUCCUGGUGGUGUUGGCCAGAUCUUUCCCAUCCAUCUCUCCAACGGACUCUCCGGUUUCUGAGCAGCUGCUGACGCCUCAGCCCCACUGGAUCCGACCUCGCAGGAGGAUACCAUGAACUGAGCAAGGAGCGACGCAAAACUUUUUUUUUUUUUUUUUUUUUUCUUUUUUUGUUUGUUUUUCAUCCGAAAAAAAACCCCCCACACUCUUUAAUGAAAGCAUUUUAAAACGGGGUUACUUUUCCCCUCCCCUGAACUGAAGUCGUCCCGGGUGCAGUGAGGAUUUCUGGAGAAGAUGGGGAGAAAAAAGAUCCAGAUCCAGCGGAUCACAGACGAGCGGAAUCGGCAGGUGACCUUCACCAAGCGCAAGUUUGGCUUGAUGAAGAAAGCCUACGAGCUGAGCGUCCUCUGCGACUGCGAGAUCGCCCUGAUCAUCUUCAACCACUCGAACAAGCUGUUCCAGUAUGCCAGCACCGACAUGGACAAGGUGCUGCUCAAGUACACCGAGUACAAUGAGCCCCACGAGAGCCGGACCAACGCGGACAUCAUUGAGACAUUAAGAAAGAAAGGUUUUAACGGCUGUGACAGCCCGGAGCCCGACGGCGAUGACUCGAUAGACCAGAGCCCCUUGAUGGAGGAUAAAUACCGUAAAGGCAGCGAGGAUCUGGAUAUCCUGUUCAAGCGAUACGGUUCCGCAGUGCCCGCUCCGAACUUCGCCAUGCCCGUGACGGUGCCGGUGACCAACCAAAACACGCUGCAGUUCAGCAACCCGGGCAGUUCGCUAGUGACCCAGUCCCUGGUGACCUCCUCGCUGACGGACCCCCGGCUCCUCUCGCCGCAGCAACCGGCGCUGCAGAGAAACACCGUGUCCCCGGGGCUGCCACAGAGGCCAGCCAGCGCAGGGGCGAUGCUUGGGGGAGAUCUGAACAACACGAACGGAGCCUGCCCGAGCCCCGUGGGAAACGGCUACGUGAGUGCCAGAGCCUCUCCGGGUCUCCUUCCCGUGUCCAACGGCAGCAGCUUGGGCAAGAUCAUCCCAGCCAAGUCCCCGCCACCGCCCUCCCACAGCACGCAGCUUGCCACCAACAGCCGCAAGCCGGAUUUACGUGUGAUCACCUCGCAGAGUGGGAAGGGGCUAAUGCACCAUUUGACGGAGGACCACUUGGCUCUGCAGAAUACGCAGCGGUUAGGUGUCUCCCAAGCAACUCACUCUUUAACCACACCGGUUGUUUCUGUCGCUACUCCGAGUUUGCUGACGCAGGGGCUGCCUUUCUCUGCCAUGCCCACAGCGUACAACACAGAUUAUCAACUGACAAGCGCCGAGUUGUCUUCGCUGCCAGCGUUCAGCUCACCUGGUGGGCUGUCCCUCGGCAACAUCUCUGCUUGGCAGCAGCAGCAGCAGCAACAGCAACAGCAGCAGCAGCAGCAGCAGCAGCAACAGCAACAGCAGCAGCAACAGCAGCAGCAACAGCAGCAGCAACAGCACCUGGUUCCUGUAUCACUAGGAAAUUUAAUACAAGGGAGUCACUUGUCCCACACCACCACUUUGACUGUCAACACCAACCCCAACAUCAGCAUCAAGUCGGAACCCGUCUCGCCCAACCGGGAAAGAAACACUGCUACCCCGCUCAGCACCUUCCCCCACCAGCCGCGGCACGAGCCCACCGGCCGCUCGCCCGUCGACAGCCUCAGCAGCAACACCAGCUCCUACGAAGGCAGCAGCGAGCGGGACGAUCCUGCCCGCCCCGAUUUCGGCUCAUCCCUGGGCCUCCUGCGACCCACCAGCGAGCCCGAGGGGGAAAGCCCCUCUGUAAAGCGUAUGCGUUUGGAUACCUGGGUCACAUAACGGGUCCCUGCCGUCCCUGGGAGUGUCGCCGGCUCGCAGCGGGGCCAUGGGGAGGGGACGGGAGG